AUGCACGCCGUUACCAUCACAAGCUUUGCUGCUGCCCUUAUGGGUACUGUUGUUGCUGCUCAAACCAGCUCAGUUGUCGACCUCUAUCUCAUUGGAUUUGAUUCUGGAGAUUCGGAUGCUGCUCAACCUCCAUUCGUUGGAUCCAUUAUUGCUUCCGACGCUACCGCCACUACAUACUCUAUUACCUGUGGUUCUACAACCGCCGCUCCAGCCACAACCUCUUCCAUCUCAUACGAUUAUGGGUAUGAUAACGAUUGUGGUGUCCCCGAGAACUUCACAUUUACUCAGGGACCCUCAACAAUUGGGUAUGCCUACAGUGCCACCUAUGAAUUUGACGUUACCAUGACUGGCAGUGCUUCCUCCACUGUAUCAUAUGCCGAUUCAGCACAAUACACUGUUGGCUGCGUUCUCUCCGGUACCUCUUCCGCCGUAUGCAGCGCCACCGACAUCGGAACCGAUCGUACAACAAGCACUUCUUCCGCCGAAACGACCACCCUCACGGGCAGCAAUCUAUCAACUCUCUUAUCCGCCAUCCCUGUCACCAUUACCGCUGGACCUACCAGCGCUUCUGAUUCGGCUGCACGGACUACCAUGAGUGCUUCUAGCCCAACGGGUUCAGCUUCCUCGUCUGGUUCGGGCUCUCCUGCUUCCACGGGAGGCAUGCCGAUGAUUACUGCCAAGGCACAAUGGGCUUUUGGAGGUGCGGCGGCUGCUAUGGUUAUGGCUGCGUUGUAA